CCCAGUCCAGUCAGCCUGCCAAGGUCCCCCGGCACCGAUGGUGGUCCCCGGGCCAGCAGACUCCAGGGAUCCCAGAUGCGGUGAAAGCAGCUGUCGGCCCCCUGGACUUCCGAGCCUGCAAGGGUGGGAUUUGUGUUGGGGGUGCCAGGAGCCUUCGCACCCUCGGGGAAGGCAGACUCCUCUGUGAAGAGGUCUUUGGGAUUUUCACCUUUCCCGGGGCGAGAACUUGCGGAAGCUGUUAAGAGUUUUUCGUUGGUUUGCCAUACGCCGCCGGCCCGGGGUUGAGCUCCAAGGUGUUAAGUCAGCCAGGGCUUUGGAGUGCCGCUGGCUGCCCUGCAGUGGACGCCCCCUCUCUGGGAGUACCCCAGUUGCCAGGUUCUGCAGGGAUGCCUUCCUGGGGCGGAUGCCGACGGCUUGGAAACUGAAUUUAAGGCCAAAUGUAUCAAGCCUCCGCCGCACCUGCGAGAGGGAUGGAGGUGGGGGUGAAAUCGAUCGCCUCCGCGACUCCUGCUUCAGGGCCAGAUAGUCCCAGUUCGCCAGCAGAAUGACCACGGAAAGAGACUCAGAAACAACAUUUGAGGAGGAUUCUCAGCCCAAUGAUGAAGUGGUUCCCUACAGCGAUGAUGAAACCGAAGAUGAGCUGGAUGACCAGGGCCCUGCCGCUGAGCCAGAGCAGAAUCAGAUCAACAGAGAAGCCGAGCAAGGCCGGGACACCUUCAGGAAAGAUUGCACUUGGCAAGUUAAAGCGAAUGAUCGAAAGUACCACGAACAACCUCAUUUUAUGAACACAAAGUUCUUUUGUAUUAAGGAGAGCAAAUAUGCGAGUAAUGCAAUUAAAACAUACAAGUACAACGUACUCACCUUCCUACCAAUGAAUUUGUUUGAGCAGUUUAAGAGAGCAGCUAACUUCUAUUUCCUGGUUCUUCUUAUCUUGCAGGCAAUUCCUCAAAUCUCUACCCUGGCAUGGUACACCACCCUUGUCCCACUACUUCUGGUACUUGGCAUCACUGCAAUCAAAGACCUGGUGGACGAUGUGGCUCGCCAUAAAAUGGAUAAGGAGAUCAACAAUAGAACAUGUGAAGUCAUUAAGGAUGGCAGGUUUAAAGUUACCAAGUGGAAAGACAUUCAAGUUGGAGAUGUCAUUCGUCUGAAGAAAAAUGACUUUAUUCCAGCUGACAUUCUGCUGCUGUCCAGCUCUGAGCCCAACAGCCUCUGCUAUGUGGAGACGGCCGAGCUAGAUGGAGAAACCAAUUUAAAGUUCAAAAUGGCGCUGGAAAUCACAGACCAGUAUCUCCAAAGAGAAGAUAACUUAGCAACAUUUGAUGGUUUUAUUGAAUGUGAAGAACCCAAUAACCGACUAGAUAAGUUCACAGGAACACUCUUCUGGAGAAAGAGAAGUUUUCCUUUGGAUGCUGAUAAAAUUCUAUUACGUGGCUGUGUCAUUAGAAAUACUGAUGUCUGCCAUGGACUGGUAAUCUUUGCAGGUGCUGACACUAAGAUAAUGAAGAACAGUGGGAAAACCAGAUUUAAAAGAACUAAAAUUGAUUACUUGAUGAACUACAUGGUUUACACGAUCUUUAUUGUUCUCAUUCUGCUUUCUGCGGGUCUUGCCAUCGGCCAUGCUUACUGGGAAGCACAAGUUGGCAAUUAUUCUUGGUACCUCUACGAUGGAGAAAACAUCACUCCCUCCUACCGUGGAUUCCUGAAUUUCUGGGGCUACAUCAUCGUGCUGAACACCAUGGUACCCAUCUCUCUGUAUGUCAGUGUGGAAGUGAUUCGUCUGGGACAGAGUCACUUUAUUAACUGGGACCUGCAGAUGUACUAUUCUGAGAAGGACACGCCUGCAAAGGCGAGAACCACCACGCUGAAUGAGCAGCUCGGCCAGAUCCAGUACAUCUUCUCUGAUAAGACAGGGACACUCACGCAGAACAUCAUGACCUUUAAAAAGUGCUGCAUCAAUGGGCAAAUCUAUGGAGACCAUCGAGAUGCCUCUCAACACACUCACAGCAAAAUAGAGCAAGUUGAUUUUAGCUGGAAUGCAUUUGCUGAUGGGAAACUUGCAUUUUAUGACCAUUAUCUUAUCGAGCAAAUCCAGUCAGGGAAAGAACCAGAGGUCCGGCAGUUCUUCUUCUUGCUUGCUGUUUGUCACACGGUCAUGGUGGAAAGAAUUGAUGGUCAGAUCAACUACCAGGCGGCUUCUCCCGACGAGGGCGCCCUGGUCAAUGCCGCCAGGAACUUCGGCUUUGCCUUCCUCGCCAGGACGCAGAACACCAUCACCAUCAGCGAGCUGGGCACCGAGAGGACCUACAGUGUUCUUGCCAUUUUAGACUUCAACAGCGACCGGAAGCGAAUGUCUAUCAUUGUAAGAGCCCCAGAAGGCAACAUCAGGCUGUAUUGUAAAGGUGCUGACACUGUCAUUUAUGAACGGUUACAUCCAAUGAAUCCUACAAAGCAAGAGACACAGGAUGCCCUGGAUAUCUUUGCGAAUGAAACUCUUAGAACCCUGUGCCUUUGCUACAAAGAAAUUGAAGAAAAAGAAUUUGCAGAAUGGAAUAAAAAGUUUAUGGCAGCCAGCGUGGCCUCAACCAACCGAGAUGAAGCUUUGGAUAAAGUAUAUGAGGAGAUUGAAAGAGACUUAAUUCUAUUGGGAGCUACAGCUAUUGAAGAUAAACUGCAGGAUGGGGUCCCAGAAACCAUAUCAAAACUUGCAAAAGCUGACAUUAAAAUCUGGGUGCUCACUGGAGACAAAAAGGAAACUGCAGAAAACAUAGGAUUUGCUUGUGAACUUCUGACAGAAGACACCACUAUCUGCUAUGGGGAAGAUAUAAAUUCUCUUCUUCAUACAAGGGUGGAAAACCAGAGAAACAGAGGUGGAGUUUAUGCAAAAUUUGCACCUGUUGUGUACGAACCUUUUUUCCCACCUGGUGAAAACCGUGCUUUAGUCAUCACCGGUUCUUGGCUGAAUGAGAUUCUUCUAGAGAAAAAGACCAAAAGAAAUAAGAUUCUGAAGCUGAAGUUCCCAAGGACAAAAGAAGAGAGACGGAUUCGAACCCAAAGCAAGAGAAGGCUCGAAGUUAAGAAAGAGCAGCGGCAGAGGAACUUUGUGGACCUGGCCUGCGAGUGCAGCGCUGUCAUCUGCUGCCGCGUCACUCCCAAGCAGAAGGCCAUGGUGGUGGACCUGGUGAAAAGGUACAAGAAGGCCAUCACACUGGCCAUUGGAGAUGGAGCCAACGACGUGAACAUGAUCAAGACUGCGCAUAUUGGUGUUGGAAUAAGUGGACAAGAAGGAAUGCAAGCCGUCAUGUCCAGUGACUAUUCCUUUGCUCAGUUCAGAUAUCUGCAGAGGCUGUUGCUGGUGCAUGGCCGGUGGUCUUACAUAAGGAUGUGCAAGUUCCUUCGAUAUUUCUUUUAUAAAAACUUUGCAUUUACUUUGGUUCAUUUCUGGUACUCCUUCUUCAAUGGCUACUCAGCACAGACCGCGUACGAGGACUGGUUCAUCACACUGUACAACGUGCUGUACUCCAGCCUGCCAGUGCUCCUCAUGGGGCUGCUCGACCAGGAUGUGAGUGACAAACUAAGCCUCCGAUUCCCUGGGUUGUACGUGGUGGGACAAAGAGACUUACUAUUCAACUACAAGAAAUUCUUCAUCAGCUUGUUACAUGGAAUCUUAACAUCCAUGGUCCUCUUCUUCAUUCCUCUUGGAGCUUAUCUGCAAACUGUGGGACAAGAUGGAGAGGCACCUUCAGACUACCAGUCUUUUGCUGUCACUGUUGCUUCGGCUCUCAUAAUAACGGUCAAUUUCCAGAUUGGUUUGGAUACUUCUUACUGGACUUUUGUGAAUGCUUUUUCAAUUUUUGGAAGCAUAGCACUUUAUUUUGGCAUCAUGUUUGACUUUCACAGCGCUGGGAUACAUGUUCUUUUGCCAUCUGCAUUUCAAUUUACAGGCACCGCUUCCAAUGCCCUGAGGCAGCCGUACAUUUGGUUGACCAUCAUCUUGACUGUUGCAGUGUGUUUAUUGCCCGUUGUAGCUGUCCGCUUCUUGUCAAUGACCAUUUGGCCAUCGGAAAGUGAUAAGAUCCAGAAGCAUCGCAAGCGGUUGAAGGCCGAGGAGCAGUGGAAGCGGCGGCAGAACGUGUUUCGCCGGGGCGUGUCGUCUAGGCGCUCGGCCUACGCCUUCUCGCACCAGCGCGGCUACGCGGACCUCAUCUCGUCGGGGCGCAGCAUCCGCAAGAAGCGCUCGCCGCUGGAUGCCAUCAUCGCCGACGGGACGGCCGAGUACCGGCGCACGGUGGAGAGCUGAGAGCCAGCCUCGCGGGUCGCGCACGCACGCACGGAAAUGUCUAUUUUUUUAUGAAAGACUCUCAGGAACUUUAAAAAAAAAAAAACUGAAUUUGUCGCAAAGAUACAGAAGACAACAACCUUUAUAAGAAAGGAUCUGGGUUGAGCUGUUGAGCAAUAGCAAAGCCAAGAGACCCUGUCAUACAUCUGGUUAUGUUGUUUGUGAUUCAAAGGGAACGUUUCAAUUCAGACUCAAUCUAGGGUAACAGAAUUAGAAAAUGUCUUCUAUUUCAGUUCCAAUGCUAUUGCAUUGUAAAAUGACAAUUAAAUUUUCCUGUCUGUGAUCUUAAGCAUGAAUUUCCCAGAGACUGUUUUCAUAAGUGUAAGAUUUCAGUCUGUUUUUGGUUUAUUUCCAAGUUAAGCUGCACUUUACACAUUUUUACUAAUCCAUAUUUUAGCAACUUCCUCUACUACCAAGGGACUUGAUUUCCUACUUUUUUUAAGCACCCAAGUAUUUAGAGACUUUUAAAAAAAGUUUCUGAAAACUGAGGAUAUUAUCAACAGGCACUAAGAAAGUUUCAGUUCGGAAAAAUAAAUUCUAGCAUGCUAUUGCAUAGGAGGGUCUUUAUAAUGAUAAUAAAUGUAUUUCAAGAAGGCUGGAAGAAAAGAUUUUGAAUGUUUACACUACAAAGAAAUGGUAAAUGUUUGAGGAGAUACACAAACUAGGAUUUGAACAUUCCACAUUGUGUACACAUAUGGAAACAUGUGAUGGACAGGGGCUAGCUCAGGGUUAGAGCACUGCACAAGGUCUGGGAUUCCAUCCCCAGCCCCAAGUAAAUAAAUAUAAAUCAUCACAUAGUAUCCCAUAAAUAUGUACAAUUACUAUGUGUCAAAUAAAAAUUAAUUUUUUAAAAAGAACAGAAGAAUGCCUACCAAAAAAUAUUAGUGUGCCUGCCUUUGAAGGGCAGUGUUCUUUUAUAUCACUUACCCCACUAGAUAUAUGGUGUGGGGGGAGGAAGAAGCUACUCUCUCCUUAGGGUGACUGGCCUUGAUUACCAAGGUAAAUGAGAGGUUGCUGCUACAUAGAAUAGGAAUGUAUCUAAAAUGCGGGGGUCCUUUGGAUGCCUUCCCUAGUGCUGCCUGGGAGCAAUUGAAAGAUCAAGUGUAUAGUGGAGAAAAAAAUGCUUAAGCAGAAAAACCUUGGGUAUAUCAAUGGUAAAUUGCAGAACAUUUCACAAAACUGUCUUUUAAAAAGCAAACUUUUAUGCCUGCCUACACAUAAAGUAUUUUAUAAGGGCCUUGAACAGAAACGUACUCUCUAUAUAUCAUGAUGGAAGAGGUUAGUGGGAACCUCCUUCCUUCCUUCAUUUUUUUUUAACUAAGUGUAAUCACACUUAAAGUUUUUAAAACUAAAUAUAUGGUAUCUAUUUAUUUAUUUGGCAAUCUGAGGAUAUACUUUAAUAAUCUUUAUUCUUUUUUGUUGUUCUUUUUGGUAAUUCAUGACAGUAGAAUGAAUUUUGACAUACAUACAUGGAGUAUACCUUCCCAUUCUUGUGUUUGUACUUGGUGUAGAGUUACACUGGUCAUGUAUUCAUAUAAGAACAUAGGAAAGUUAUGUCUGAUUCAUUCUACUAUUUUUCCUCUAGGGAACUUCAUUUCUAAGACUGAAGCACAGCAUAACCUUUGAACUUUGAAGGUAACUUUAGGCAAUUACUAAAAAUAUUCUCCAGAAGGUAAUAGUUUCUUCUAGAGCCGUUUCUCAUUUAGGUGAGAAAUGGAUCUAGAAAAAACACACUAGUUUCCACGUUCUAUUGAAGAUGCAGAAGUAUUUUCAACAAUUUUUUUUAAAGUGGGGCUGGGGAGUAAUUUUCACCUUUACCAUUAGGCUGUGACUAUUCACAUUGGUGCAUUUCUAUGAGGAAAUCACAACACAUGUAUAAAUGACACAGGACAGAAAAAUAUAAUUGUAAUUUUAUAAUGUAUUUUCUAGGUAUAAUAAAAGAAUGUGUGGCUAUUACAUGGAAUUUCUAAACGUUUACAACUUUUAUCUUGUAAAUAAAAAGAAUUGUAUGUUUCUCUUUUUUUACAGAAAAGUUAGCUUGUAUAAUUUUGUCAGUUUCAGAUUUCUCUCCUGUUUUUGAAUUGUGGGAAAGGUUGAUGAUGCAAUGUGUCAAAGACUUAUACUGUUGGGUGCAAUAUUAGCAAUUUUAAAAAUGCAAAUUGCUUCAGAUAAAUUAUUUCUAUAUGCUGUAAAUCUAAGAUUGAAUGUAUAUUUUUGUUUAAAAAAAUAAAUGCUUUAGUAAAAUCUUUGGAAAAUGUAA